AUGUUGCGUCCGAUUUGGGUCGAUAUCAUAUUCAAUCCCGUGAAUGAUGAUGGGAAAACUAAAAGUCGAGAGGAAAAAUCCGAAUCAACCCCUCGUGUCCUAGUCGGUUACGACACCAGAGACAGCUCACCGCAAUUGGCCGACGAGGUGCGGGAAGGCGUGGAGGCAAUGCACGGCUUGUGCUUGUGCUUCAGUCUGAUCACGACUCCACAACUGCAUUUCGCCGUGUGUCACAUGAAUUUAACCAUUGAUGCCGAGCCAGCGCUGCCAGAUCUGCGACAAAUUUAUGUGCAGCGGUUUGCAAGCUGUUUUUCCCGUGGCAUGAAGGAUCUGGUGCGGAAAAAGCAAUCGGUCGUCGUUUCACCAAUGCUCGUCAAUGUGGACUGCGCCAAUGGGGUCGGUAGUAUCGUGCUGGAUCAGUUUCGUCACGAAUUGGCUCAGCAGGGCUGUCCGUUUGAACUGCACCUAUACAACACACAAACCAAACAACUCGAUUGGUUGAAUAACAACUGCGGAGCUGAUUUCGUUCAGACGUACUGCAAAGCUCCACAGUUGUAUGAUCACGAGUCGGGGGCUAACCCUCUAGACCCCGGUAGUCGUUGGGCCACAAUCGACGGGGACGCUGACCGUAUUCUCUACUUUUACGUUCCGGAUAAAUCCAGAAACACCGGAGACGAAUCACAGAUUAUCCUACUAGAUGGGGACCGGAUUGCCUGCUUGUUUGCAAUGUUCAUUAAACGGCUUUUACCCACAGAUAGAAAGCUUACUAUCGGUGUGAUCCAAACUGCGUAUGCCAAUGCGGCUUCGUCGAUCUAUUUGGAACAGAAGGUUGGCGUGCCGAUGGUCUGCGUUUCGACUGGGAUGAAGUAUUUGCAUCGAGCCGCUCAGAAAUUUGAUUUCGGAAUCGCUUUUGAGGCCAGUGGUCAUGGCACUGUUUCCUACUCUCCGGCUGCACUCGAACGCAUUGAAUCCUUGGGUCCCGAUCAUCCGCUCUCCGUGUUUGCCGGUCUAACCAAUACCACUUUUGGUGAUGGAAUCACGGGUAUCCUUAUGGUUGAAUACGCUUUGGCCCAUCUCGGUUGGUCCAUGUCUGACUGGGCCAAUCUUUACAAGGAAUGUGCUUCACGUCGACUUCGAGUGGCUGUUGCGAAACCAUAUCUUAUCCAAACCGUGGAUUCGGAACGCCGAGUUUCACAUCCAUCCUCUUUGCAGGAUGCGAUAGACAAAGUUGUUGACUCCGUUCGACAGGCUACCGGACGACCAAAUGCGUCCCGUGCUUUCGUACGUCCCGCAGGCACGGAGAACACAGUUCGCGUAUAUGCCGAAUCCACAACACAACCACUGGCCGAUUGGCUAGCGACAAAAGUGGCCAUUCUGACGCAUCAGUUAGUCCGCGGCGUUGGUGAUCCGCCGAUGGACCCAGGUCCAAUGCCCCUUCCUUAA